AUGCGUCCUCGACAUCGCGAAGAGUUCGAAAUCGCCAUUAUCUGCAGCUUACCCUGCGAAGUCGAGGCGAUCGACGCAUUGCUGGACGAGGUCUACGACCGAUUCGGCGAGAUCUAUGACAAGGAACCCGAGGAUCGCAAUGCACCAGAGGCGGAAAAAUGCAGCUCAGCGAGCGUAGCUUCGAGCCUGAUGUUCAGUUACACGGGGGUCCAGCUCGCCCUAGUCGUGGGGACAUGCGGCGGUGUUCCGUCACCCUCCUGUAGUGAGAGGGAUAUCUUUCUAGGAGACAUUGUCAUUGCGGAUAGUGUGAUUGAAUUCGACGUUGGAGUGCAGUGCCCUUGGGGAUUCCAGCGGGAAACGAGCAUUAAGGCUGCCCUUGGAAGGCCGAACAGAGCCAUAAGAACUCUCUUGAAUGCUCUGUCUAUUGAUGGAAACUGCAAACUAAUGGAGAAGGAGAGUGCUGGCUUUCUGGAAGAGCUACAGUCUCGGGGAGCUUCAAAGUGGCAGUAUCCCGGAGCAUCAAAGGAUAUCCUUUUUGCGUCUGCAUAUCGACACCGGCAUCGCCGACGGUCAGAUCUCGAGUAUGUUCGCAUUGGCGCUGGAUUUGAGGAUACGCUCUGUAAGGACGCACCGGAGGAAGAAUGCUGCAUCUCUGGAUGUGAUGAGCAACAAGUCCAUCGCCGCAGAUCCAGCGAAAAGUCAGUCAAGCCUGCACUCCAUAUCGGGACGAUCGCAUCCGGGGACACGGUAAUGGAGUCUGGAGAACAUCGUGACAGGAUUGCUGAGAUGGAGGAGGUAAUUGCAUUCGAGACCAUCGGGGCAGGAGUGUGGGAUACUCUUCCCUGUGUGAUAAUCAACGGCGUAUCCGACUAUGCCGAUGGACAUAAGAACGAAGUAUGGCGGAACUAUGCAGCAGCAGUAGCUGCCUCUGCUGCUAAGGCGUUUCUGCAAUACUGGGCACCCAGUGCGAAAGCUAAAUCUCGACAGGCCGAGAGUGUCCAUUCAAGAGUGCCACUGCUUCAGACUGUCUUUAUAGGCCGAGAGAUUGAAGACACUAUCCAUGACUCCUUCUCUGAAAUAUGGCGGAAGAUACAAGGAUGCAUAGACGGUGAGCAAUCACCAAUUGAGCGCGUAUUGGAGUGGUUGGAGCAAGAAACAAACACGGCUUGGAUCAUGGUAUUUGAUGGAGUUGAGAUCGCGGAUGUCUCACCAGCUAUGGAUAUCGACAUUAGGAAGUACUUCCCUUCGUGUAAUCAUGGGCAUGUCCUGUUGACAACCCUGUCGCCGUACUUGCACACUCGGCUGGGCUACCCAGGCAUGCACGUGCGCGGCGUCGAUGAGGACGCAGGUGCUCAGAUACUACUUCGUUGUGCAGGCGUUGAAGAACCAGACAGCCCACCUGUGGAAACAGCCAAGGCAAUAUCCCGCAAAGUUGGCGGAGUGCCCCUCGCUUUGGAACAAGCAGGAUCCUUUCUACGAUGUGGAUUAUAUUCCUUGCAAGAGUUCAAUCGGCGGUUUCAAGAACAGUUUGCAAAGUUGACUUUCAAGACCCCUUUGUAUAAUUGUAUCGGAGUAUACGAAAAGAGACAUGCUUUGUGGACGGCAUUCGAAAAGCUGUACGACGCUGCAGGCCAGCGAAGUCCCGAUUCGAUCAAGCUUCUCCAUCUGGCUGUGUUCCUUGGCCCAGGACUAAUACCGGCGUCUUUGAUCAUGUACCCACCAGAUGAUCAUAAUAAAUUCUCUGUGCUAUUCAACUCACUGUCCGCGUUGGAAUUACCUGAUACGUCGUGGUUGAGCAUCAUAAACUGGCUGAACAGCCUACGCACACAAGAGGCUGAUUUCGCAAAUGCGCUUCGAACUCUGGAGGAUUCCGGUCUUGUAAGCUUCAACCGCAAGCGAUCAGAUUGCAUGAUUGAGACCUUUGAAAUCGAUGAUAUGGUACGGUCCCUUGUUCGCCUGAAACUGUCUUGCCAUGAUCUCCGUGACUAUGCAGCCGUUGGUUUUCUUCUCAAUGGACGGUCGUGUGCCGGUACAGACGCCCAAUCGCAGCUGGAAAUACCUCAGGAGCAUCUGGGGCACUUGGGCACUGUUCUUGUCGAUUUUAUGUCAUUGGUGCCGCAAGAGAUGAUUCAACAUCCUGAUGGGAAGUAUUUCAGCCUCUGUGGAUUUGUUGCACCAGUAUAUGCACGAGUGUGCCGCCUGAAAGGGGAUUAUGAGACAUCCAAGAGCUUGUGGGUCAUGGCACUCCAGUAUAAUAUCUUGUCUCAGAGAGCGGGAUCGCCCACAAGUGGAGUGAAGCUGGAAGAUAUUGACGCGGCUGCAGACAUUCUCGUGGGUGUCGACGAAAGUUCCAUCGAGGGAGCGUGGAAGCAAGCUUGCGAGAGCGCCACAUUGUCUCGGGUAUUGAGUGCAAGCAAAGGCGACUCGAGAAGCAAAGAAUUACGGCAUGACUUUGUGACUGGUCCCAUGUCCUCGUCCGGAGAUUACCGAGGAAGUUUUGAAGGAUUUACAGGUGACGGAAUCUAG